AUCACAACUUGGCAAAUGUUCUCUCUAAUGAGCCUCAGUUGCACGUGUGAAGUCAAAGUUAAUUUUUAUUUUUGACAACAUUGAAUUUUACUCAAAUUUCCAAUGGAAUAUUUUGACGCUGAAUACGCUGUGGAGAGCAUUCGGGAAAAAUAUAACAAAGAACAUGGCAUAAAAGAGUGCAAAGUAGAAGACGAUUACACAAAAAGAAAACGGUUUGAGAAACAGGUAUAUCGCCUGUUGAUAAUGCACAAUGUGCCUUAUUCUAAAAAAGAUGAAAAAAAAACAUUUGAGGAGUAUCUGCUUUCUGAUGAUGAAAAUACGUCAAAGACAAAAGGUGCAAAGUUGAAACAUUCAACUAAAGCCAAGCGUAGAAACAACCACAACGCCGGAAAAGAACAUGAGAUGAAGGAGGAGGAGGAUGUGGAUGAACGCAUUGCAUCCAUAAAGAACAAAAUGCGCCAGAAAAAGCGACCGACCACUGAACGGCAACAGAAGAGGCGCGAAGCAAAGAAACUCAAGCGGAGUAAGGGCGUACAAAAGCUGCUCCAAUCCUCUGCAAAAAUAAUGAAAAACGAGAAUAUAAAACAAAACAAACUGAAAAAUGGAGUUAUCAAAACAGUAUCAAAUAAAGAUGGAGAGGAAGAGCCAGAUAGCAAGUCAAAAAUUCAGCCCAUUCAGCAGAAACCUGUAUUUAACGAGGAGUCGAAAAUAGUUUAUUCCAAAAUAGAUUUUGCUGCCACUCCAGGAGCCAAGACCAAGAAAUCGCAUAAAAAUCCAAAGGAAAUACUUAAAGAGUUGAAACAAACGAGCCAACAAAUAAAUGAGCUGAAGGAACAAGGACAAAGCGAUAAGGCAGCCGAAUUGCAAAAUAGUAUUGCUUGGAAAAAGGCAUUUGAUAAGAUUGAGGGCAAGAAAGUUAAAGAUGACACAAAGCUCCUCCAGAAGGCCAUAAAGAAGAAAAAGGUGGAGAAGCGGGCUGCAAAGAAAAAGUGGGAGGAGCGCAAGCAAAAGGUAGAUCAUGAUAUAGCGAAGCGCCAGAAGAAACGACAGGAAAAUCUGGAUAAGCGCAGCAAGGACAAGAAAAACAAGAAAUUGAAGAAGGCUAGCAAAAAGGGCCGAAUUAUACCUGGCUACUAGAAACUGUUUGGCAAAAAAUUAGAAAUUAGAAUUACAAGUCAAAUAAAAGCUUUUUGACAAAACGAAA